CUUAGCACGCCUACUCUCUCCUCAGGUCCGGUUGGCUAGAUGCGCUCUUCCCGGAAGUGACGCACACGUGCCGGCGGAAGGGGAAGUCGGGGAGCAGGGGUGGUUUUUCUCCGUACCUAGGUCCGUGAGGUGUGUAGUACAUUAACCAAGGGGCGACUCACGACCGUGACAGACUGCCGUUACCGGUGUCUUCUGGCCAUGGGUCCCCGGAGCCGCGAGCGUCGGGCAGGAGCGGUACAGAGCACCAACGACAGCAGCGCCCUCAGCAAGCGUUCCCUGGCUGCCCGCGGGUACGUGCAGGACCCCUACAUCGCGUUGCUGGUUCCGGGCGCGGGGCGGCGCGCACCGCUCAUUCACCGAGGCUACUACGUUCGCGCACGCGCCGUGAGGCACUAUGUGCACGCCUUCUUGGAGCAGACUUGGGCGCCGCACGCCGCGCCGCGCGCUCAGAUCUUGUCCCUCGGCGCCGGGUUCGACUCGCUCUAUUUUCGCUUGAAAACCGCGGGCAGCCUGACCCGUGCUGCAGUCUGGGAGGUGGAUUUUCCGGACGUGGCGCGACGCAAAGCAGAGAGGAUUGGAGAUACGCCAGAGCUGUGCGCGUUGACCGGGCCUUUCCAGAGGGGCAAGCCCGCGUCCGCGUUGUACUUUGAGAGCGUGGACUACCGCAUCCUGGGCCUGGACCUGCGGCAGCUCCAGCGAGUGGACGAGGCUCUGGGAGCCGCAGGUCUCGACCCAGCCUCACCCACUCUGCUCCUGGCCGAGGCAGUGCUCACCUACCUCGAGCCGGAGAGUGCUGCGGCCCUCAUCGCCUGGGCAGCCCGGCGUUUUUCUAAUGCCCUUUUCGUGGUUUAUGAGCAGAUGAGGUCUCAAGACGCCUUUGGUCAGUUCAUGCUGCAGCAUUUUCAGCAGCUGAACUGCCCCCUGCAUGGCCUGGAGCGCUUUCCUGACGUGGAGGCGCAGAGGCGCCGCUUCCUUCAAGCUGGCUGGACUGCCUGCGGUGCCGUGGAUAUGAAUGAAUUCUAUCGCUGCUUUCUCCCUGCAGAAGAGCGCCGGCGGGUGGAAAAUAUUGAACCCUUUGACGAGUUUGAGGAGUGGCAUCUGAAGUGCGCCCAUUAUUUCAUUCUGGCAGCUUCCAGGGGAGACACUGUCUCCCACACCCUAGUGUUUCCACCCUCAAAGGCAUUUCCUCGUAUAAAUCCUGCUUUGCCUUCAGGGGUCUUCCCUGCCAGUGUAGUCACUAGCGAGGGCCAGGGCCCAGACCUGAAGAGAUAUGGCCACGCCUCUGUCCUCUUGAGCCCGGACGUUAUUCUCAGUGCAGGAGGAUUUGGAGAGCAGGAGGGGCGGCACUGCCGAGUGAGCCAGUUUCACUUGUUCUCAAGAGACUGUGACUCUGAAUGGAAAGGCAGCCAAAUACUAAGUUGUGGUACUGGAGUUCAGUGGGAUGGACGCCUUUAUCACACCAUGACAAGACUCUCAGAGAGUCAGGUUCUGGUUCUGGGAGGAAGACUCUCCCCAAUAUGUCCAGCCUUGGGGGUUCUCCAACUUCAGUUUUGUAAGAGUGAGGAUAAUAGCACUGAGGACCUGAAAGUGACAAUAACAAAGGCUGGCCGAAAGGAUGAUUCCAUAUUGUCUUGUUGGCGGCAUUCAGCAACAGAAGUGUCCUAUCAGAAUCAGGAAUAUUUGUUUGUGUAUGGGGGUCGAAGUGUGGUGGAACCUGUACUCAGUGACUGGCAUUUCCUGCAUGUAGAGACAAUGACUUGGGUCCAGAUCCCAGUGGAGGGAGAAGCACCUGAAGCCCGGCAUUCUCACAGUGCCAGCACUUGGCAAGGGGGAGCCCUCAUUGCUGGAGGUCUCGGGGCUUCUGAGGAGCCAUUGAACUCUGUGUUCUUUCUGAGACCAAUCUCUUGUGGAUUCCUCUGGGAGUCAGUAGACAUCCAGCCUCCCAUUACCCCAAGGUACUCCCACACAGCUCAUGUGCUCAAUGGAAAGCUGCUACUUGUUGGAGGGGUCUGGAUUCAUUCCUCCUCAUUUCCUGGAGUGACUGUUAUCAAUUUGACCACAGGAUUGAGCUCUGAAUAUCAGAUUGACACAACAUAUGUGCCAUGGCCAUUAAUGUUACACAACCAUACUAGCAUCCUUCUUCCUGAAGAGCAACAGCUCCUGCUCCUUGGAGGUGGGGGGAACUGCUUUUCCUUUGGUACCUACUUCAAUCCCCAUACAGUCACAUUAGACCUUUCUUCCUUAAGUGCUGGGCAGUAAGGACUGGACUUAUUCAGGACCCACUAAAGUACACAAAGUUUUUCACAAAUAGAACUACCUUCUAGUUAUUGCCACUCCUCCCUUCCCCAUCCUUUUUCCUCCUUAGCACUAUUCAGUGCAGAAAGUGAAAAAGGUUGGUAAAAUACCUACAAUCAGUACAGAAAACAAUUGAAAACAGUGGCCAUGCAGCCUGAGAGUAGGGAUGUUUGGAUUCAUGUAUCCAGUUUAUUGCUCUUCCUCUGAUUUUCUAAUCUAAGUCCAUCCGUUUAUUGAGUUACAGUGGUCUUUAGUAAAGUAAAAAAAUUUUCCAAUCCCAGGCCUUGUGAUUUGAGAUGGUACCUUCGAAAAAGUUUCACACAGAUUCUUGGUUGAAUAUAGUUGAAGGAGCGUGGUAUUGACCUAAUUCUUAAUGUAAGAAACCUGAAAUGAACACAGUCACAGUUUGAUUAAAACAUUGUGCUGUUUAUUGCAACAGAAAACUCAGCUUUAACAACAGGGAACAUUUGUAGGUGUUUGACAACAUGCUUUUUAUAAAUAUUUUGCUAUUGGUUCCAUAUUUAGAUUUAUAAGUUCCAAUAAACCAAACUGAUGCCUCAA